AAGCGCUGAAGAUAUGCGUGUCCCGUUAGGCGUUGCUUGCGUUCGUCAUCGGGCGCACACCUUGCGUCUCGUUUCCCACUUCUUCGGGGCCACCGCCAAAGAACAAGAAGAAGAAGAAGACGUGAACGACAGCAGCGUCCAGACAGUUUAGACGCGACGAUCCAACCCGCUUCAACGCACCCAAAAGACCCAAAACUUCAAACUAUUCGGGAUUUGGUUAAAACUUUCAAACACAUAACAUACGAGCUCCGCCAGGUUGACGAAAUAAGUUUUGUUUACAGUGAUACAAAGUGCAUAUUUUAAAUAUCGGGAAAUUUUGCUAAAAUGAAGUGGAUUAAUUUUUCAUGUUGGUUAUUUAUAUUAUUAAGUACGUGCUCGUGUCAAAUCAAACCAGAAGUAGAAGAAGGCAAAGAUUUUAAAGAACCUAUACCGCAACCAUCGCCAGGGGCGUUGGCAGGAGCAGCUGCAUCCGCCUCUAGUACAGAAGAUCCGCCCGAAGGUUACUAUGCGUUUGUUGAAUCACCAAAUGCUGAACCGCCCAGAGUACGCCCACCUCCGUAUACGUUCGCGUCAGUGGACUGCGGUUCCACAGGCGGAGACCGGCGAGAUGAUGAUGAGCGUCCGAUGGGCGGUCCAUCCGCUUCACCACGUAAUAUUUGUGGUGAUCUUAACAAAGGGACCAUACCAAGGAACCCAAUGGGGCAAAAUGUUUUAGGGUCACCAUAUCCUUUUGAAUUAAUUCGUAAUAUGACCUUGAAAUAUCUGAGCCGUACGCUACCUAUUUUGAAAGCAGAUGAAACACUCCCAAAAGUUGCCCAGCUCCAAGAUGAUCUUGUUUCACAAAACACUAUCACACCUUACCAACACACGGAUCGUGUGAGGCGUCAAGCACCUCGUAGCUCCGCCCCUGUGCAAAGCUCCACCUCUGAUGUGGACGCUGACGAAGCAAAUCGUAAAGGUAAAAAGUUCUGCGACCAAGGCGGAGUCUUCUGCAUGUUGUAUAAAGCAAUAAAUGGUGAACCACAUUCAUCUGGACCGUCAUCCACUGUACAUUUACCUAUUGAAAGACGAGAUGAUGCACAGUCACCAGUUCCACGCUACGAAGGACCGCCCACUCCAUGUCCGGCUAAAGUAGAAUACGCCACGCCUGUUUUCGCCAAGAACUAUCAAGGCAUAUGGCGUUAUGUGGUGCAAAUACCUUAUGAAGGAUAUUUUACUCAAACAGUUGAAGUUACCAGAUGUUUACAAUCACGUUGUCACUACUUGGACGGCGGUUGUUUAUCUUCACCAAGAUGGUCAAGUCUAUUAGUCGCUGAAAUUUACUACCCUGAUACGGUCCUGUCUAACCCCGAGAUGAGUAAUCCACCUAGGAGUCCAGUAGCCGCGUCACAACCACCAUCAGUUCAAGAUUUUCAGAAUUAUCAACAGUAUUUACACAAACGCGCUGGUUUGCAAGCCCCGCCCAUCGAUUCCACCACAACGACGUCAAAACCCACACAUUGUGACGGCGUGGAUGCAUUGGGUUGCUUCCAGGUGCGGCUCUACUACGACUGGUUCCUCAUCCCCGGCUCGUGCAAGUGCUGGCGACCUGAUUACUUCAACAAGUACGUGCGCAGGAAAAGCCAGCAGGAUUUAUAAACGCAUCGAACACAUUGUAUCAUAACUUUUUACGUGCGGCGAUCAUCCGCAACGCAAGCACUUAGCAGUAAACUGAUAGCGAGCAAAAAAAAAAAAACAACAAAAGCGGAAUACGUGUUUAGGGAGUAAUUUUUAAGAUAAGACUGUUUUGUACCGUACUGUACUGUACUUCUUUUGCACGUUUUAUUUAAUGUGUGUGUGUGCGUUUUUUUAAAUGUUUUGUUUACGAUCACUCGAAGCUGUGUUAAUUCUAUGUGCGUAAUUAAUGUCGCUUUGAUUGAAUAAAUUUAUAUCUAUUCGAUA